UCGCUGUAUUUCGUCGGUAUGACAGGUUUUGUAACCUAAAUAGUCGUCAACUUUAACUAUUAAUAUCUUGCUGCGCGGAGUAGAGCGACACUUUUUUCUGUUACUCUUUCGUUUUAUGCAAAAACGCGCCGAAUGAGCAUAAUCUUAUCGAUAUUUGAAAUGGGGUCGCUAAACUGAACAAUUACCAGUAAAUCUUUGUAUUGUCGAUAAUAAAACAGUAAUUUUACAAUAAAAUGUUUAUUUUGUUGUUCUUGAGGCAGUUACAUGAAAUAUCUAUACAUUUUCGAUAAUAAAACAAUAACUGGAUAAAUUAAAAUAAUGCGCAGCGAGUUUUUUCUUCCAGUCAUAUAAAUCCCAUAAGACCACUGGUCUUUAAUAAUAUCUUAUCGGUGCUAUGGAACAUAAUUUCGCGGAUGAGAGUAAAUCAAUCGUAUAAGGAUAAUGUGUCGCACAAUUUGAAGGGAUACGAUCGAUCAACAUGCUCUCGCGGAUUAUGAGGAGCGUCCUUACAUGGAGUAAGGAUCCCGCAUUGUUGAGACGACCACCGCGUAAAAUUACAGGUCCUGCGUCAGGUCGAGCGAGUUACACUCGCGGCGUUUAUACCAGCGGAUUCCAGGGUAAAGAUGACAAAAAGGAUGACAAGCCGUCGGCUCUCGUGCUCCAGGCCUUUGCGAACGCCGAGAGCAAGGAAAAGGAAGCUUAUCUGGAAAUACUCCGGCAAUAUAAGAGCAACAAUGAUCUCAGACGCGGUCACGUGGAAUUUAUUCAGGUCGCUCUCAAAUACAUGGACGAGUUUGGCGUGAAUCGAGAUCUAGGCGUGUACAAGACUCUGUUGGAUGUGCUUCCCAAGGGCAAAUUUAUCCCCACCAACUUUUUCCAAACGAUGGUAAUGCAUUAUCCUAAACAGCAGUACAUAGCCAUUGACUUGCUGUGCAAAAUGGAGAAAAAUUGCGUGAUGCCAGACGUGGAGAUGCAGGACAUGCUGCUGAAUAUCUUUGGGAAACACGGUGCCCCACUGAAGAAGUUUUGGAGAAUGAUGUACUGGAUGCCCAAAUUCGCCAACUUGAAUCCCUGGCCUUGUCCUAGACCAGCACCAAAGGAUCCACGAGUACUUGCGAGAUUGGCGAUGAGUAAGAUAUCUAGUGUAGAUGUGCAGACUAAAAUUGUGGAGUUUGAGACCAAGGAUGCACAAGAUGCCGUUGAGGACACGUGGAUUGUAUCCGCCAUGAGCAGCUUACAAGAGAGAUUAUUGCAAACGCAAUCUCCUAGCAGUCCAAUUUUUGUUGAAGGACCAUAUACAGUUUGGGUUGCAGAUCAAUGUAUAGACUAUUUUGUGCUCAGAGGAGAGAUGAGAAAGAAGAAGGAGUAUGAAGAUAUUGAUGAUGUUUCAAAUAUUAGAAUCCCUUUUUGGGAUAAAAGGGAAAUAAUCCCUGCUUCUACAGUCCAUGAACAAGAUGAUGGCACAUACUUUGCGAUGUGUGCUACAGGUACAUCUACGAAAGAUUCUCUGUUGUGCUGGAUACGAUGUCUGCAAAAACAGAAUCCUAUCUUGAAUGUAAUCCCGGUAGUGUUCAAAGUGGCGUCGUUCCCGAAGGAACAGCUGUACAUCGAAACUGAAAAGAGCCAGAAUGAAAUGGUGUAUACAAAAGAUUAAUAUCAAAACUACGAAUGGUUAAACUAUUAAAAACCGAGUAAUGAUAUCACCAAUAUAGUAAAGUGAUGCAUAUAUAUAUAUGUAGAUAACUGUAAUUUGUAUAUAAAAAAUAAUAUAUAACAUUUGUUAAUAAUUCACAAGUAUCUAUAAACUCAAAUAAUCUAAACUAUUUCAAUACAUCCUGUAUAUAUGGCUUUAAAACUGAUUUUUUUAUCUCUCUCAUUAUAUAAAAACAUUGAAUUAUUGAGUUUGUUGAUUCACAUCAAUAGAUUAUAUUAGGAGAACUGGGAUAUAUAUAUAACAAUAAAACACAUGAUACAUAGAAAGAUAUAA